GAACAACGAAUGUGAACAGCUUCUUAGCCGGCCCGAUUCGGCGCCGAUAAUAAUGAUCAUCGAAAUACAUACACACUCGAGUGUCAUCUGAGUGGAAGACCAGGACGGCAGAUAUAAAGGCAGCUCGCAGGAUAAGAGUCCAUAGGUGUUGAAUGCGAUAGCUUAUCCUCCCUGCCAGCAAGUGCGUGCGAAUACUACGAUGGGUCUAACACAGUCGACAAUGAGCUCCAACCAGCCAGGCAGAGGCUUCUUGAAAGUUAGCGGAAAGGAUAUAACCUUAGAUGGAAAACCGAUUACAUUGAGAGGGACUGCAAUUGGCGGCUGGUUGAAUAUGGAGAACUUCAUCACCGGCUAUGCUGGACAUGAACAUCAAGUUCGGCAUGCUCUAAAGCAGGUAUUAGGGACAGAGAAAUACAAUUACUUCUUUGAAAAGUUCCUUGAGUAUUUCUUCGCCGAAGAUGAUGCAAAAUUCUUUGCAUCACUAGGAUUGAACUGUAUUCGCAUUCCUGUAAAUUAUCAUCACUUUGAGGAUGACAUGAACCCACGAGUGUUCAAGAAAGACGGCUUGAAACAUCUCGAUCGCGUGAUUCAAAUUUGUGCCAAGUACGGUAUCUACACUGUCAUCGAUCUGCAUGCAGCUCCCGGAGGACAAAAUUUCGACUGGCAUUCAGACAAUCCAACUCACAAGGCGUUGUUCUAUGAGCACAAGGAUUUCCAAGAUCGAACAGUCUUCAUUUGGGAAAACCUAGCGCGUCAUUCUAAGGACAAUACUUGGGUUGCAGGUUAUAAUCCCUUGAAUGAACCUUCUGAUGAGCAACACGUUCGCCUUGUGGCAUUCUACAACAGGGUAGAAAAAGCAAUCAGAUCUAUUGAUAGCAAUCAUAUGCUCUUUUUAGACGGAAACACUUUUGCAGCGGACUUUAGCCGGUUUGGGAAGCCUCUCCACAAUUGCGUUUAUGCUUGUCAUGACUAUUCCAUCUAUGGGUUCCCAAAUCCACCCUCUCUAUAUGAGGGCUCAAAGGAACAAAUCCAAUUCCACAUUGAUUCAUUCAAUGGUAAAACCGAGUAUAUGCGCAAGCAUGGGAGUCCAGUAUGGGUUGGGGAAUUCGGCCCUGUUUAUCAAACAUCUAAGGACGGAUAUCCUGAUUGGAAACACAUCAAUGACACCCGAUUUGAUGUCCUUCAGCUUCAGCUUGAUAUCUACGCCAAAGCUCGGGCUAGUUGGUCCAUCUGGCUCUAUAAAGAUAUUGGUUUCCAGGGUAUGAUUUACGCGGGUGAAGAUACUGCAUAUGUAAAACUUCUCAAGGAAUUCUUACACAAGAAAAAGGUUGUUGCCGCUGAUAAGUGGGGAGCGGAUGAUCGUGCAGUGCGACCGUUGUUUACACCCGUUGAGUCAUGGCUUCUCAAGACCGUACCAUCAAUCUCGGACCGAUACCCACAAGAUUGGAGUGUAGGCGAGCACCUUUCUAGGCUAGUCAGAAAUAUGCUCCUCAGUGAAGAGCUAGUCAAAGAGUACGCAGAGCAUUUUAGAGGGAAGAGUCUUGAAGAGUUGGAUGAGCUAGCAAAGAGUUUUAAAUUCUCUAAUUGUACUCAGAGGAAGAGGUUGAAUGAUGUGCUCAAGUCAGAUUCAGAGCGUGGCACUGAUGAGAAGAAGUCGUUGUGGCAAGCUGGUGAGAAGGUAUGACAGAAGAUCAAGACUUUUGAUUGCGAGCAUGUUAUACAGUGAGAAAGAAUUGUGUCGAAACCAAUAAAUCAAUGCAGAAGUGUUA